GCCAGCGGUGCUCGCGGGGCCUGGAGCGGUGGGAGCGGUUUUUCCAUGUGGAAGUUGGGAUGAGGAGAUCCAAGAGGAGGCACCUGACGGCUCUGGAAUGCCGAGCUCUGGCCGAGAGCUCCGAGGUUCCGUCGGCGUUGCGGGAGCCGCGGAGCCUGGAGCGAGGAAUCCGCGGCCUUCGUCCCAUCCCGCGCCCUCGGAGACGCUCCACAGCCCCCGGCCGGCAGAGGAGCAUCCUGGAUUUCUGCGGGAUCCGGAGCCGCGGGAUCGAGGAGGAUCCGUCGGAUCCCUGUUCCCCUUCUCCUCCAGAUUCCUGCCUUUUCCAGCAUUCCCAGCUCUCCGUGCCACCUCCAGCUGCACAUUCCAGGAAAAGACCUCUUCCCUCUGCACCCUCAGGAAUUCCCACCCCAGAGCUGGAUCUUUGGGAUGAACCCCAGGAGAAAAUUCCCGAACUCCUCCAGCAGGAAUGGGAAGAGCUGGAAGUGGAGCCUCUUCCCGAUCCCCACUACGGCCUCCUGGGCACUCGGAACUGGGAAUUCCCUCAGGGAUCCAUGGAUUCUCUUCCCACUGAAAUCCUCAGGAAUAUUUUUGCUCUCCUGCCGGUGCUGGAUCUGUACCAGAACCUGAGCCUGGUCUGUCAUUCCUGGCGGGAAAUUAUCCGGGAUCCGCUGUUUAUUCCAUGGAAAAAGCUCUACCACCGCUACCUGAAGGGGGAGCGCUCGGCCCUGCAGGGGGUGGAGCAAAUCCUGCAGGAAUUUUCCAUCACCAAGGAAAACCAGGAAUGUGUCCUGGGGCUGGUCAGGUUGGUGGCAUCCAAGGGAGCCAAGGUGGAUCCCAACGCUCUUCACCGGAUUUUGGGAAGUCAUCCCCUCUUCCCAAAGGCUCAAAUCUGCGUCCACAACAAAUUCCCUGAUUUACUCAGCAAGCCUGGGCCCGAGAGGAUGUGGGCGAUCUUCGCCGUCAUGGUGCUGUUUUCCGACGGCGUCGGCGACAUCCGGAGCCUCCUGGAAUAUUUCCGGAGCUGCCGCUCGGAGCUGACGCCGCUGGAGGCGACCGAGGCUCUUCACUGCAUGGCCACGGUGCUCCAGGCCAUGAGGGACCGGGGCAUUCCCGUCUCCAACAGGAUUCACUACAAUAUUUUCUACUGUUUGUAUCUGAUGGAAAAUUCCUCUGGAAUUGCUCCGCCUCCGGAAAAGGGAAGAGAGGAUUUGUGUUCCAGUGGAUGGGCCAAUGUCAAACUGACCCAUGAGCAGCAGAGAAUUUUGAAUCAUAAAAUCGAGCCUGGGCAGACAGUGAAAAUCAUGGCAUUUGCAGGCACUGGGAAAACCUCGACUUUGGUCAAGUACGCGGAGAAAUUCCCGGAGCUGAAAUUCCUUUACCUGGCUUUUAACAGAGCUGUGGUGGAAAAGGGGAAAAAGGUUUUUCCAAGGAAUGUCACGUGCAAGACUUUCCAUUCCUUGGCUUUUGGAAGCGCUGGGAGAUGCUACAAAGACAAAGGCAAGCUGAACUUUUCCAAGAUGAGCGUGUUUUCCAUCAGCUCCCUCCUUCGGAAUUGCAAAGGCCAAUCCCUGUUUGUGAGAGCGAAAACGGUGGCGCAGACCUUGGAGAAUUUCUUCUCCUCCAUGGAUGAGGAGAUCAGCGAGGAGCACGUCCCGCUCUGGUUCAGGAACACCCACGGGAACGUGGAGCGCGUGAGCCCAAAGGAAAAGAGAAUCAACGUGGAAGAGGCCAGGGAGAUUUGGCACAACAUGAAGGAGCUGGAUGGAGACGUGGAAAGGAAAUACAAGAUGACUUGUGAUGGAUAUUUGAAACUCUGGCAGCUCAGCAAACCCCAGCUCUCAGGAUACGACGCCAUUUUUGUGGAUGAAGCCCAGGAUUGCACUCCAGCCAUCGUGGAUAUCGUACAAUCCCAAAAAUGUGGGAAAAUCCUGGUGGGAGACCCUCACCAACAGAUCUACACAUUCCGAGGGGCCGUCAACACCCUCUACUCGCUGCCCCACAGCCACGUGUUCUACCUGACCCAGAGUUUCCGCUUUGGGCCCGAAAUCGCCUACGUGGGAUCCACGAUCCUGGAUUUGUGCAAAGGGAUCCGCGGGAAAACCCUGCUGGGAGGGACCCAAAAGGGAGACGUGAGGGGAAGCUGGGCCGGGUCGGUGGCGCUGCUGUCCCGGAGCAACUUGAACGUGUUCGAGGACGCCGUGGAAUUCUCUGGGAGAGACCCCCCAGCCAAAAUCCACAUUAUUGGGGGUUUGCAGCGUUUCGGGCUGGGCAGAAUUUUGGACAUUUGGAAGCUGAGCCAACCCCCAGAGCUCAGGAGAAACGCCGAGCUGGAGAUAGAUGAUCCGUUCAUCCGGCGCUGGGAGGCGUCGGGCGGGUUACCGGCGCUGCGGGAAUUCGCCGCCUGCGUUCAGGACCGAGACCUGGAAGGGAAAAUUUCCAUCGUGGAAAAAUACCGGGAACGGAUCCCGGAGCUGCUGAGGAGGAUCAGGGACAGCCACGUUUCCCGGGAAUCCCUGGCAGAUUAUCUCCUCGGGACCGUGCACCAAGCCAAGGGCCAGGAAUUCGACAGCGUUUGGGUCGCGGAUGAUUUUGUGCAAAUCCCGUCCACGGCUUUCCUGAGGAGAGCGAGCGACGCUCUGGGCCAGAUCCCUGAGGAUGAGUGGAACCUGCUCUAUGUGGCCGUGACGAGAGCCAGGAAAUGCCUGCUGAUGUCCAAAUCCCUGGAAAACCUUCUAAGCCUGGCCAGAGAACAUUUCCUCCGGGUGGAGCUGCUGAGUGAGGCUCCCCCAUCUCCCAUCCCUUGUUGUGUGUUGGGAUGUACAAAAUCCCUGGAAUUCUGCUCUGGGCUGGUGGUAAAGAAGCUCCCAUUGAGUCGCAGCGAUGGCAGCCGGGAUCUGGGGGGAUUCCUGUGCCAGGAUUGCACCCAGCAACUCUUUGGCUCCCUGGCUCCGCUCGUCUCAUUCCCAACGAUCCAGGAAAAGCCCAUCCAGCCCUGACAGAGCCUCCGGCUUCCCAGAGCCGUCCUGGACCUGGGACAGAUCCUCUUGGCACAUCCCAGCUCCAAAAUCAGACUUUGGAGAUGGAAAUCAGGAUGUUGGAGCAGGAUUUCAGCCAAAUGCUCCAAAUUCCAGGCAAAUGUUGGAGCAGGAUUUCAGCCAAAUCCUCCAAAUUCCAGGCAAAUGUUGGAGCAGGAUUUCAGCCAAAUGCUCCAAAUUCCAGGUGAAAGUUGGAGCAGGAUGUUCCCAGCUCCACAUUCCAGACAAAUGCUGGAGCGGGAUGUUCCCAGCUCCAGAGGAAUUUCCAGGCUCCCUGGGGAUGAUGUGAUUUCCUCCAGCCCUGCCUCAUCCUCCAGGAGCUGACAAGUAGAAUAUCCAGAGGUUAUCCAGAGGAUAUUCCAGAGGAUAUUCCAGAGGAUAUUCCAGAGGAUAUUCCAGAGGAUAUCCAGAGGAUAUUCCAGAGGAUAUUCCAGAGGAUAUUCCAGAGGAUAUUCCUGCACUUCAGGAAUGGGAUCUGACAGAACAAGGCUCAUUUUGGAGCAUUCCCUCUCUUCCCCCUGACACCAAACUUCCCAAAUAUCCCAUCAUUCCCGGAAUUCCCUCUGAUCCAAUGGAAAAAAGAGGAAGCACAAUGCUGGAAAAUAUCCAAAGAAAGUUUAUUUAUUGGAAAUGAACUUUUCCUGUCCAGCCACGGGAGGAAAUCCUGAAUGUCUCCCGGUGAAUUCAUCUUCCAUCCUUGCAGCCAAGGGAUUUCCCUGGAUUCUUUCCCUCCUCCCUGCAGCCAACCAGGAGGGAAGAGAUAAGGCAGGAGCAGAAAAAUUCGGGGACAAACUGGAGAGGGAUUUCCAAUCCUCAAAUUAAAUUUAUAGACAAAAAAAAAUUCCAUUGUGUCUCUUCCCUGCCCUCAAAUAUCCUUUUAUUUCCCGGAUCACGCUCUCCGUGCCUGGAGGCCACAAUUCCAGAGUCUGUGCCGUGGGAAACCAAAACUGGAAGUGGUUUUGGAAUCUGCCCUUGGCCACAGCCUGGAGCUGCUGCAGGAAACUCGUGCAUCCUGGUUUUUAUUCCAUGGGAUGGAUUGGAUUCCAUGGAGCUGCUUCCCUCCCUCUCCUUUCACUUUGGAAGCUGAUUCCGGGAAUGCGUUCCCGGCGUGGGCAGGAAUUCUCCCAAACUCUUGGAUCUGGAUGGGAGCACAAAGCCUGGAGCGGCCGUUGGAUCAUCCCAGGGCUCCCUUCCGGCCUCUCCCAAGAUUCCUGGUUCCUUGGGAAGAGGGAUGUGCCCCAGAUCAGAGGCACAAACAGGACAGGAGCAGCCAGGAAAAUCCAUGGAAUUCCAGCCAGUGCAUCCCAAGCUUUUCGAGAACUCCUCUGUGCCGUCACCUCCGGAGGUUGGGAAUGAACCCUUCGAUUCCACGGUGUCCGAUGGGAAUGCUGCGGGAUUCAUCCCAAUCCAAUCCUUCCCGAGACAUCCAGUUAAAAAUCUGAGUGUAUUUUCCAUAUAAAAUACAUUUAUUUCUACCUAAA